UGUGCGAGUUUAGCGAAGGAGAAGGUGCAGUGAAUCUGAUCAAACAAUUUGGUGUUGAGGCGGCCACGGGAAGCUCUCACUUUCACUCAACCACUCCCCUGCUGCUUUUAACUACCUUUUGCAACCAACUCUCAAUCAAGCUUACCUCCUCCUAGCAGAUUACUGGGGGUUUUUGAGGAGACCAAAAUGUCCCUUAGUGAAUAUGCUUCGCAAUUGAAUUUUCUGAAAGAUUCUGCAACAUUUCUAAGCUCUCUCAGCCCUUCUACGUCAGCGCAUCUCUUGACUGUUCAUAAUCGGAUUCUGCAUGAAGAGCUCAAGCCGCUCAACCACCGGCACCAUGAAAAUGCGUGUGGCGCAUGUGGCAGCAUCAGAAAGCCUACGGUAACUAAAACAUGUCACAUCGAAAAGAAGAAGAAGAAGAAGACAGCCCGGUCGGACCGGUCAACGCCUCAUGCCUUCGCUGAUGGCGCUACAAUCAUCAAAUGUCUACGCUGCCGUCGCCGGACAGUUAGGCCGCUGCGAAAAGAGACAGCGCCAUCAGAGAAGGCUUCCCGGAUUCCUACGCCAGUUACUGACACUGCAUCCACGACUCCCACGGUAACAGCUGCAGACAGGCCUGUUGCAGCUGAUACCACCAAAGUUGUCAAGGCAGCAGAGAACGCAAACAGCAAGAAACGCGCCAAAGCCAGGAAGCAGGGCGGUCUCCAGGCCCUCUUGGCCUCCAAACAGCGGUCUCAAGCAACCUCUUCGUCCUCUCUGGACCUCCUCGACUUCCUGCAUCAAUAACCACUGCGGCUGCACGUAUCCUUCUUCCUGAUGCCAAGAAAUCGGAUAUCGGCCCAACAUUCUUCCUCUAAUUCUUCCAAAUUAGGAUAAGCGCGGGGUCGUCCUCUGUCAGGCACCGAGGCUCCGACACUAAUCCUGAAUAGGCCUGCGCAACCCCGCCACGCCGAAGCCCAAGGAACAGUCCCGCCGUUGCU